AUGGAUACAUCAGACUUACCACGAGACCAUCCGUGUUACAUUGCCGAACGAAAGAAAAUUCCGGGUCUGUUUUCCGAUGAGGCUAAUUCAGAGGUUAUGACAGAUUUUUGUGCACUACGUUCAAAGUCUUAUGCAUAUAAGAUCAAUGGUAAGGAGAAGAUCCGGGCGAAAGGAAUCCGAGGACAUGUAGUGAAAAACCACAUGAACUUCGACGAUCAUUAUCGCUGUCUGUUUGGGGAUGCAACCUUCAAUAUGAAGACAGAAAAUGUCUCUAUCCGUUCAUUCAAACAUCAAUUGAACACCAUUAAAUCAAACAAAGUCACUUAUAAUAGUUUCGAUGACAAGAGGAUUAUACUCGAGGAUAAAAUACAUACCCUAGCUCACGGACACUACUUCACAGAGUGA